AUGCAACACAACAGCUCGCCGGACAGGAAUAGGAACAGCAACAUGUUUUCCGUCGCCGGUCCCGUCGCCGUAUUCAACGAGCGGACGUCCUGGGACUUCCGACCCGCCGUCCCGUCGCCUCUGUCUUCGUCCCCGAUUCGCGCGACAUCGCCGCUCUCCCCAAUCAACGACAACGCCGUCCGCCAAACACAAUCUUCGCCCAUCCCCGCGCCCAAGUUCAAGUUUGCGUCACGUUCGGCGAGGCCGAACCCGGUAGUCCGGAGACGCGAGGACGUGCAGGAGAACCGGCGGAAGGCCUUUCUCCAGAACGUGAGGCAGCGCCAGGAUGACAAGACGUAUCAGAGGCGGGAUAUGGAAGGCACUCUCCUGAAGUCUGAUUGGGAUCGCGACGUGCGGCGACGCUUCCAGGCCAAGCAGCUCGAGGGAGACGCGAUUUACUCCGAGGCCGACAUCGAGGACGCUGCGGCUCUUCCCCAGAACCAAGUGCAACAAUUUCCCAACGACGUUGACGACAUGAUGGUCGAUGCGAUCGCACAGGAAGAACAGCAAGAGCUCGACGCACUUCUUUCGUCAUACAGCCAAUCGUCAAGCGCGCAGCCAUCGUCACAAACAGACCCGUACAAUCUCUCAGAUGACGAAGACUACGAUGAGCUUUUCAUGAGCCUAGUGUCGGCCGGAAGCAGUCAACCAGAUGCAUCGUCUCAGGACAUGGACAUGUCUUGA